GCAGAUUAAAGCCCUCUUCAUCCCCUCCAAGCGACCCCCAAAUAAACCACACAUCUGCUGAUGAAUCUCUCUCUACAAUUUUUAAUCCCGACAUGACCACCCAAUGUUUGUCACAAGAAUUACUAGUUAAAUUACCUCGAAAUCUGUAGAGAAUAUUUGCAACAGUAAGAUUCCUGUGAAGAUGACUCAGUCAGAGCUCACCGGAGAGUACUAUGACCAGAAUGUCGCCGGAGGUCGAACGAUAGUCGUCGGAGUGAAAUUAGAUUCAGAAAGCAGAGAGUUACUCACUUGGGCUUUGGUGAAAGCAGCUCAUCCUGGUGAUCGUGUUAUUGCUCUUCAUGUUCUAACCGACAAUGAAAUUGUGGAUAAUAAUGGGAAAUCUGCACUGCUAUCUCUUGUGAAAGCUUUUGACUCCAUUCUCGCUGUUUACGAAGGAUUUUGUAACCUCAAACAGGUGGAUCUUAAGCUAAAGAUCUGCAGAGGUACUUCAAUUCGAAAAAUCCUUGUACGAGAAGCGAAAUCUUACGACGCCAAUGAGAUUAUAGUUGGAACUGCAAGAACGCAUCAUGCGAUUAAAUCGUCAUCUUCUGUAGCAAAAUACUGUGCUAGAAAACUAUCAAAGAACUGUGCAAUUAUUGCGGUUAAUAAUGGCAAAAUAGUGUUCCGCAGGGACUCUCCUUCAUCACCGUCUAAUGUCGGUGCAAAAGAGAAUUCAGAUCAUCAUAAAAAACGAUUGUUGGGUGUGAUUCAUAGAUCACGUAGUUUGAAUCCCAAAUUACUGCAUAACGGCGACGAGGAAAUUAAAUGCAAUCAAAUUGAUUGCAAGAAAUCCGAUAUAGCUUUAGUAAAAACCGAUUCAGAUUGCCUGAAAAACGGUUUCAAAUAUAAUUGUUCAAUUUGUUCACCCGAUUCAGUUCUUCCAAACACUGCUUGUGUUCUUGAAGAGGCUAGUGAUGAUGACAAUUUCAUGGCUUUAGUACCCAUACAGAACCUUCAAUCUUCAUCAAAUUCAACCCACAAUUUACCCGAUCGGAGACCCGGUUGGCCGCUACUUCGUCGAGCCAUUUCCUCAAAUCGGCUUUCCUCAGAUCGAUCACCUGCUCGACAGAUCUCUGUGGUUCAGUGGGCCAUGAGGCUGCCUUCUAGAAACUUGUUACAGAUUACAAAUUCGGAUUUGCGCGAUAGUGUAGUUGAUAAUAACAAAAAAGAUCGAUCUUUAGAUGGUGAAAAUGGAGCUCUUGUUCUUGUUCAUGGUGAUGAGAUUCAAUCUGAUUCAUGUUCUUCGAAUAGGAAUUCAGUAAGCUUACCUGAAGAACUCGAGGGUCUUCAUGAAAAAUACUCGAGUAGUUGUAGAUUGUUUAAAUAUCAAGAACUUGUAGCAGCAACAAUGAACUUCAAGCCCGAGAAUAUUAUCGGUAAAGGAGGGAACAGUCAAGUGUAUAGAGGUUGUCUUGCUGAUGGCAGGGAACUUGCUGUUAAAAUCUUGAAGACAUCUGAAGAUGUGUUGAAGGAAUUCGUGUUAGAAAUCGAGAUUAUUACUGCUUUACAUCAUGAAAACAUAAUUUCCCUUUUUGGGUUUUGUUUUGAAGAUACCAAACUCCUUUUGGUUUAUGAUCUUCUGUCAAGAGGAAGCCUUGAAGAUAAUUUGCACGGAAAUAAGAAGGGUAAGGGAUUCGGAUGGAAUGAAAGAUACAAGGUUGCUUUGGGGGUAGCUGAGGCGCUUGUUUAUCUACACACUAAAAGUGAAAAACCAGUUAUACAUAGGGAUGUUAAAUCAUCAAAUAUCUUAUUGUCUGAUGAUUUUGAGCCACAGCUUUCUGAUUUCGGACUUGCUAAAUGGGCUACACCCAAUGGAUUAAAUAUAACUUGUACCGAUGUUGCCGGCACAUUUGGUUAUUUGGCUCCGGAGUACUUUAUGCAUGGAAAAGUUACGGAAAAAAUCGAUGUCUACGCGUUUGGUGUUGUGCUCCUUGAGCUUCUUACAGGAAGGAAACCAAUAAGCAGUGCAUAUCCAAAAGGCGAAGAGAGUUUGGUUAUGUGGGCAAAACCGAUUCUAAAUAGUGGGAAAUUUGCUCGGUUGUUGGACCCAAGCUUAGGCGAAUACGAUGCUGAUCAGAUGGAAAGGAUGGCUCUCGCUUCUACCCUCUGUAUUAGACGCGCACCACGUGCUCGACCAAACAUGAGCACUGUUGUGAAACUACUUGAAGGUGAUGUGGAGGUUACCAAGUGGGCCCGGCUAGAAGUUGAUUCAACUGGAGGGUCGGACUCAAGACUACAUAUCACCAACAUACCAGAAGAAGAAGACGAAGAGUUUUCACAAUCAAAUCUAAGGUCACAUCUUAACCUUGCAUUACUUGAUAUUGAAGAUUCGUCUCUUUCGAUGAGCAGCAUUGAAGAAAGCAUCUCGAUAGAGGAAUACCUUCGAGGGAGGUGGAGUCGAUCAUCGAGCUUUGACUAACCGGAAACCGGUGUGUGUGUGUGUAAAUAGGGGUUUUGAGCCAUUGGAUUGUUGAUGGAUGGAUGAGAGGUUGUUUGGUUGUGUGUUGUUACCCUCCUCCUCCUUGUUACAUCUCAAUUUGAAAUCAACAACUGAACAUCAAUCACAGUGAGCUUUUUUUUUUU